CGUUCUCUUUCUUCCCAAACGCGCAUCCCACGUCUCAUUCUCUCUGACUCCUUCUUCAUCUGCAACCCCUUCUCUGUCUAUAUCUUUAUACCACCACACAAAUUCGCUCAGCAGAGUCUUUGCUCGAAAAAUACAAUGGCAUUCAGUGCGCGCAAGUCGACCGCUAACUUUAGCGCGCGCAAGUCCUUGGUCGCCAAACAGGGCGGCUUUGGAUCUUCCACCGGUCGCUCCCAACCUUCCUUCCAGGGCGAUAUCUUCCCCCUUCUAGACUUUGCCGAGAUUGCAAUCUGCCUGCGCGGCUGCGAAUUCAUCGUCGCAGAAGAGAUGCUCCAGAAACCGACCGCGAUAUUCGUGCAACAGCUAUACGAGCAAAUGAUUGCCUCUUUCCUCGGCAUCACGUACGAGAAUCAAGUUCCGAUCCUCGAGGCCUGCUGUGAAGGGCGCGAGACGUUUGACUCGGCGCGCGCAGCGCGGAGUAUGUUUGCGCUUGUGCGGGCGUCGGCCAAGUUGAUGCAAAUCUGCGGGAUUGAUGAUUUUUCAAUGAUGGAUUUUAUGAAGCCGGAGACGCAGCGGAUUCGCAGGUUGCUGUCGGCGGUGGUCAAUUUCGCGAGGUUCAGAGAGGAGCAUAUGGGUAUCUGCGAAGAUUUGAUCCAGCGUAGCGAGGAGACUUCUUUGGCUACAGAACGAGGCUAUCAGGAGAUUGUGUCUUAUAAUGAACGACUCCAGGAUAUGAAGAUGCAGAAAGAGCAGGAUGCACCAAAGAUUCGCGAAGCACAGGAACAUAACCGACAGGUCGAGGCGGAGCUACGGAAGCUGAAGAAGAUUCAGGACCAAUAUCACAACGAGCACGAGGCUUAUAAGAGAGACAAAAGUCGGCUUGUUGGAAAACUUGAAGACCAGAGCUUUCUCACGACGCAGAUCCGCAAAGAGUGUGAGAAGUUGCGGCCGUAUGUGCUUGACUCGCCGAGUACCCUGCGCAAGAUCAACGAGGAGAUGAGUGAGAGUGUGCAAGCAGGCAAAUCGGCGAUCGACAAGUUGGAAAGAAGACUGCGGGCGCUGGAGAUCUCUAUUGAGUCGUUCAAGACUAUUGAGCAGGAUAUUGCCGGCAGCUUGAAGCUUAUGGAGGAGACUGAGAACGAGCUCGGGAAGCAGGAAGAGGCGGGUAGACAACUUGCCCGAUUGAUGGAAUUACACGACCAACGUCAGAUUGAAGUGCACGAAGUCGAACGAAAGUCAACUCAACUCAAACGACAACUCGCAAAUGCCGAAGAACGCAUCCAACGACUUCAAGAACAGCGUCUUCAAAAACGCGACAGCGUUCAGAAGCGCACUCAAGAGCUCAAAGAGGCAUACGCGGCCCUAGUAGCCGAACGAAGUGUCGUGACGCAAGAGAUGGAGAAAAAGAAGUCGAUAAUCGCCGGCGUGGAGAAGAAGCAGGCGGAACUAAGAGAGCAGCUGGAGAACGACGUGCGUUCGGCGACGAACAAAUUGCUCAAGCUUGAGAAGCACGUUGAGCUGUAUCUGGGUGAAAUGGAGCAGUGUAUUGAGAAGUGAGGUGUUGCUAUUUUGUCAUCUAUGUUUUUGUAUUUUUUCUUUGCUAGUGUAUGAUAAAUUGUCCUUAUUUUUAUAAUUCUGGUUUUGGGCAUUUAGUGUAUUGAUAGGGUGGAUUCGAGA